CGCACGCUCGGCUCAGGCGAAACGUGACAAUUUUUCGUGCGUGCAGCCGGCGUUCAUCGAUUCAAAAGACGUUAUCACGUCCAAAAAGGCACGCGUGAACAGCUGAAUGUUCCCGGCGACGAGGGACUGAUCCUUGACCGACUUGUGCGCAGCGGACCAGAGAUAAGGCGCGAGGCGACAGACACCCGGCAGCGGCGCGGCCGUUAGAAGAGGCGCGCGCGCUCGACCGGCGGCUGUGCAUCUGCUUCCUGCUCCCGCCGCAGCAUGGCGCCACCGGCGGCGCUGACGGUGCUGCUCCUGGCGGCGGUGACGGCAAUCGGCGACUCCACCUGCCCGGACCGCGAGGCGCUGGGCGGCUUCGACAGCUCUGCGUUCCUGGGCCGGUGGUACGUGGUGAAGCAGACCACCAUCAACAGCAACGCCAGCAUCGAGUGCCUCAGCAUACUGGUGAAGCCCGCCGGCGAACUUCCCGGCAGGCUGGCCACCCACACGCGCUUCGUCGACCGCGCUCACGUGGCCACUCAUGUCACCCUCGGCGUACUCUUCAAGGAAGACAACUCCUCCACCAAUGGGAAGUACCUCUACUCUCGAAGAAUGUCUGCCACAGAGAGCGACAAGAAAUACUACAUUCUCGGCACGGACUACACCAACUAUGCGGUCACGUGGUACUGCUUCCCUUCAGCAGUGACUGGACAAGUCGAAGAGAUCCUGACGCUGCUGUCCCGCCGGCCGGGGCUGGACCCGGGGCUCGAGGCGCGCCUGCCCGAGGGCGACUACACGGCCGUGGCGCACGACGGCUGCGGCGGGCCUGGGGCUUCCCCCGAGGGCGCCUGAGCUGCCCCCUCGCCGGCGCCUGCACUUGCCCGCACUCCUCAGACCCUCUUCCCGUUCCCUCGUCCUCCUGGUUACCGGCUCACGCCUUUCCCGCUCACCCGUCACCCUUCCUCUUCUCCUAGCUUUCUUCCCCCCUCUGCAUCAGCCUCACCAUUCCCCCCUCUCUCCCUCACCCGCUUCCCGUUCCCUCGUCCUCCUGGUUACCGGCUCACGCCUUUCCCGCUCACCCGUCACCCUUCCUCUUCUCCUAGCUUUCUUCCCCCCUCUGCAUCAGCCUCACCAUUCCCCCCUCUCUCCCUCACCCGCUUCCCGUUCCCUCGUCCUCCUGGUUACCGGCUCACGCCUUUCCCGCUCACCCGUCACCCUUCCUCUUCUCCUAGCUUUCUUCCCCCCUCUGCAUCAGCCACACCAUUCCCCCCUCUCUCCCUCACCCGCUUCCCGUUCCCUCGUCCUCCUGGUUACCGGCUCACGCCUUUCCCGCUCACCCGUCACCCUUCCUCUUCUCCUAGCUUUCUUCCCCCCUCUGCAUCAGCCUCACCAUUCCCCCCUCUCUCCCUCACCCGCUUCCCGUUCCCUCGUCCUCCUGGUUACCGGCUCACGCCUUUCCCGCUCACCCGUCACCCUUCCUCUUCUCCUAGCUUUCUUUCCCCCUCUCUCACUCACCCACUUCCCGUUCCCUCGUCCUCCUGGUUACCGGCUCACGCCUUUCCCGCUCACCCGUCACCCUUCCUCUUCUCCUAGCUUUCUUCCCCCCUCUGCAUCAGCCACACCAUUCCCCCCUCUCUCCCUCACACGCUUACCGUUCCCUCGUCCUCCUGGUUACCGGCUCACGCCUUUCCCGCUCACCCGUCACCCUUCCUCUUCUCCUAGCUUUCUUCCCCCUCUACAUCAGCCUCACCAUUCCCCCCUCUCUUCCUCACCCGCUUCCCGUUCCCUCGUCCUCCUGGUUACCGGCUCACGCCUUUCCCGCUCACCCGUCACCCUUCCUCUUCUCCUAGCUUUCUUCCCCCCUCUCUCACUCACCCACUUCCCGUUCCCUCGUCCUCCUGGUUACCGGCUCACGCCUUUCCCGCUCACCCGUCACCCUUCCUCUUCUCCUAGCUUUCUUUCCCCCUCUCUCACUCACCCACUUCCCGUUCCCUCGUCCUCCUGGUUACCUGCUCACGCCUUGCCCUCUCACCCGUCACCCUUCCUCUUCUCCUAGCUUUCUUCCCCCCUCUGCUUCAACCUCACCAUUCCCCCCUCUCUCACUCACCCACUUCCCGUUCCCUCGUCCUCCUGGUUACCUGCUCACGCCUUGCCCUCUCACCCGUCACCCUUCCUCUUCUCCUAGCUUUCUUCCCCCCUCUGCUUCAACCUCACCAUUCCCCCCUCUCUCCCUCACCCGCUUCCCGUUCCCUCGUCCUCCUGGUUACCGGCUCACGCCUUUCCCGCUCACCCGUCACCCUUCCUCUUCUCCUAGCUUUCUUUCCCCCUCUCUCACUCACCCACUUCCCGUUCCCUCGUCCUCCUGGUUACCUGCUCACGCCUUUCCCGCUCACCCGUCACCCUUCCUCUUCUCCUAGCUUUCUUCCCCCCUCUGCAUCAGCCUCACCAUUCCCCCCUCUCUCCCUCACCCGCUUCCCGUUCCCUCGUCCUCCUGGUUACCGGCUCACGCCUUUCCCGCUCACCCGUCACCCUUCCUCUUCUCCUAGCUUUCUUUCCCCCUCUCUCACUCACCCACUUCCCGUUCCCUCGUCCUCCUGGUUACCUGCUCACGCCUUGCCCUCUCACCCGUCACCCUUCCUCUUCUCCUAGCUUUCUUCCCCCCUCUGCUUCAACCUCACCAUUCCCCCCUCUCUCACUCACCCACUUCCCGUUCCCUCGUCCUCCUGGUUACCUGCUCACGCCUUUCCCUCUCACCCGUCACCCUUCCUCUUCUCCUAGCUUUCUUCCCCUAUUCACCUUACACUUUUCUCUUCACUGUUCAAUCUUCGGCCACCUCCCUUUCUAUUCCCCGAGCUAUUUUCCCCCUCUAUGGGCGUACAUCAGCCUCUCCCUUAUCCCAGACCCCGUGUCACUAUAUAUAUAUAUAUAUAUAUAUAUAUAUAUAUAUAUAUAUAUAUGUAUAUAUAUAUGUAUAUAUAUAUGUAUGUAUGUAUAUAUAAUCCAGUUCAUGUGGCUACAACAUCUACCAAGUUCCACUUAAAUAAAACUAAAACAUAUGGUAAUGAUAAAUAUAUAUAAUUUAAUUGUCUAUAAAUAAAGCCAAAAUAAAAUACAAAUAUUAUAACAAAUUAAUAACUAUAAAACCAUGCUACAAAAGUAAAGAUAGUGUUUGAAUAAGUAAAUGCUUUUAUUUUCCUUUAAUUUCAACUUAUUAAUAAAUAUGAAACUGUCAUGUAAUCCAAUAACUUUUUUAAAAAAUUCUCUGUUCUGUUAUGUUUUAAUCAGCAAAAACUAGCUGGAAACCAGUUAAGUUGGCAACACUGCUGUGCUUGCACGCGUACACCCCAGUGUGACGGUCGGAAGAGCCAUGUCCAAUAUUACGGGCGUGUUGUUUUCAUAACAGAGUAAACAGCAAACAAAAGCUUUCUCUCUCCCCCUCACACACUCAGACUCAGGUACGCCUAAAGACACGCAGUAGCGCAUACCUGCGAGAUGUUAUCGCAUGUGCAACGUUAUAUAAUGAUAAUCUUUAAGACCACGUCUAGAAUGUUAUACCGCCAUGAUGCUAAUUUACAUCUGGUGAUGCAUCCAAAGACUGCACACCACUACAGAAGGUAGGCGUAGGUACUUCAGUAAAGAACCGCGGAAGAUCUUUCAUGUAGAGUUGCCCGAUUCCAUUACACAUUUAUUAGUAGAGGUUAUACAGUAUAAGGCUUUUGCUGCUGUAACAAAGAUUGCACUAUAUUAAAUAAACAUCAAUAUUCUUUAACUCUAAUUAUAAGAAUUGUUAAUAAUAGGUAGGCAUUUCAAUAUUCAAUAAAUUGUUUGUUAUUGAUAAAAUGUUAUUAAUAAAGUUAUGCACUUAAAACUGUUUAUAGCUGAAUAGUCAUAUUAUCUUUGUCGGACUUAGAUAUUUAAAAACAAAUUAAUAGUUAUGUUUUUUCAUGGAGUUGCAUCUGAGCAAGUGCUUAAUAAAUUAUUAAUAAAUAUCUCUACGACAAUCUGUCUCUUCAUGAAGAAAGCGCUCAGUUGUUACGACUGAAAACCUUUGAUGCCAUAUAAUCUAUGUCUUGAAAAAUGUGGCAGCGGAUUUUCUUUCUUUCUUUUCUUUUUUUCCCCCCAAAAUAAUAAAAAUCACAAGGAUACGAAAGCUCCUGCUUCUUUCGAACUGUGAGAUAGGCAGAAUGCGAAGCAUACCUUCUGUUUUGGAUGCCUACAUACAAGCAUUCACUUUAUCAAGUCGUGAAAUAUCACUAUCUGUCGCUUUCUUUAUAAACUCCAUGGUACCAAGAAUAUUCCUGAUCGUUACUGCAUGCAAUGUAACGACAGGAAAAAUGCCAUGCACAUUUCCUUUCAGGUUAGACAAACGUUUGAUUAAAUGUUUGUUUAAAAUUGUAACCUUUAAUAUAAUGGUGUCUGAAGUGAUUUCAAUUGUAUUUAUACCUUAAAGUAAACAAUAAAACAUUUACACACAUGCAUCACCUGGGACCCUCUCGCACCGUAAGCCGGUGUGCGUCCUACUACACUACGCAGGUUGGCAACCUUUGAGCCACCAGAUCCGACAAAUAUGACAAUUCUCACAAUUCAUAAAUAAAGACUUAACCAUAGCUGACCACAUAGUUGUCUGUAUAUGGAAUUUGAAGCUUCUGCAAAAUUAGUUAUUUUUGAGUUUAUGAACACAAAUGUGUGACAUGUAAUUUUACAACACACCAAGGAAGGGUUAGCGCUAGCAUGACAGAACACCCCUUAAAAUAAAAUAGUGCCAAGAGCGCACUGCAUUUCCAACCUUCUUCGAUGUUACUUUUGUAUGGUGUUGAACUGCAUGAGUGCCAGCAGGUAGGUGAAGACGUACCCGACCAUCGAGGACAGUGUAGGGAGCUGGAGGUCGAAGAACCCUCCAGCGGUGAAGAGCAUGUCUUCCUCCCCAACCUGCUGGUACAGAGCUCUGAGCAGGCGGAGGGACUCCCCGUCCAGCCCGGGAUCCAAGAGCAGCUCCAGCAAGGUUACCUUCGUGCUCUUCAGCUCCUCGGACACCAGGUCGCACGCGCAGAUGGGGGCGACAGCGUUCGCCAAGUACAGCACGGCCCACAGCAGCAGGUUGACCAGCGAAAACAUCCCGUCGCUGACGUCGCUGAACUGCGAUGGUCUGAACUUGAGCUCCAGCACAUAGUGCAAGCACAUCGUGGUGUUCGUGAAAGAAACUAGGAUGCAUGCCAACGUGCGCACUCCGCACGCCGAGUUUAUGCACGACGUGAUUAGCUUCAGCUUGCGAUAAAGCUGCGGCAUCGGAGUCAGGAUCGCGGUUGGUCACCCAGGCUCCAGCAGUACACCUGGGGGGAUCGUGUUAGAACCACCGGUAGUGACCCUUGGGCAACGUCUCGCACCGGAGUCUCCGUUCGCGCCCGCUACUCUGGUGGUCCUCACCGAGCCACGGCAGAGUCCAUGUAGCCUGUUGUUGAAGAUGUUCAGCUGCUGACGCACCAGCAGGACGAGGCUGACGUAGUUGGCCGUCCCUGUGAAGAUGAUCAGGUCCCUGAAGUUGAGGAAGUGCAUCUCCACGGACGACAGGCCCAGGACGCUGUCGCUGCCGCGGAAAGAGAAGCUGACGGCCAACGCCACGACGGUGAACACCAGCGCCAGGACGCCCGCGGAGCGUCUGGACCACAUCUUGUAGCUCUCGGUCGGGCGCGCCACCAGCACCUGGUCCACCUCCACGAAGGUCUGCAGCAUCCUCUCCCUGGUGCGUCUGUGCAUGCACGCGCCCGCCAGCCCCACGACCGCGCAUGAGAACUCGGCGUUCAGGUUGACGAACGUGGACACGGAGAAGGUCUGUGUCGAGGCGUGCUGCCCGAAGUAACCGCACAGGUGCAGUGCGUGAACCGCUAUAAUCACUGCUAUGAGGACCACGGUGUAAACGGUCGCUGGAACUGAUCGCUGGAGUCUCAGAUCCCUGAUGCCGCUAUUCUUCAAUGCUGUAUUUAUUUGGAAAGUUUCCAUCCCUGCUAGUCUGGUAUACAUCCGGAGGCCCUUCAGACACUCAGAAAACUCUACUAUGGCUUGAGGUUCCAUCAUGCCUAAAAGAAAAUGCACAUGCCAGUAAUGCGAAAAAUGGUCACCCUAAAAGAUUUUAAAUUUAACUUCAAGUACUUAAAACUAUAAUCAGAAAUUCGUUAUUGUGUGUUACAUAUUCUGCUUAUAUUUAAAUUGUGGACACUAAAUUUUUUCAUAGGGAAAGUGGAAAGAGCAUGUUACAUCUUUAAUUAUUAUCAUUUGUCUUGCUGAUUUUCUAAAAUCUGUAACAUACGAUUUCAUUAAUUUUAUUUUUUUAUAAUAAAUGUAUUUAAGCUAUCAGUAAA